GGUAAAAUCAGGGGGGGUCCAACCUUUGAGUACAGGGGUGCUGCCGUGUGUGCCCCAUCGCCCUGAGGUGGAAAUACUAUGAACCCAUUGCUCUGCCCCCGCCCUCUGCCCCCUGUAGGCGGGCCCUUAGCGCUGGUUGGUGGCUGAUUGACAAGCGCUGGACCAGUUCGGAGACGGUUUUGGGCGGGAUCGGCUGCCGUGCAUUUUCAAUUCUCACAAUCCACCGCUAGAGGUCACUGUUAGUUGUGUUCCCAAAGUGGCGCUAUUAGCAAUUCCCAAAUAUGAUCGCUAGAUGUCGCCAUGCUCCUUGGGAACCCAACAUUAUAGGUUGUUCGGUACCUACACGGAAUCAUUUCCUGAUGCUUUGCACUUCCUUCCUAUGUGCCAGAGCGGCUUCCCAUUGGCUCGGCCACUUCACACAGCAGUAUGCAGAAAAAGGAACCAAACUGCGAGGAUCAUAAAAAGGAGGGUGAAAAUGGGACAGGGAGCCAGUGGCGUGUCCCAAAGGUUGAACCUGAAAUAAUACAAGUCCAAAUAAAAGAUGAACCCCCAGAAUCCGAAGAUCACCUUAACCCAAUGGGAAGUGCCGAUGGGGUGACUUGGCUAAAUGACGAGGAAAGUCAGGACUCUGAAGCCCCUAGACCUUGGCUAAGGCACAAGAGCUUGUCGGAUAUGGAUGUUUGCUCAGAUAUGUUGGAUAGAGGCAAUGAUCCAAUGCAGGGGCCUGGGGCACUGCACAAAGCUUCAACCAAUGCCGAAUGCGAGUCUGGCACAAGUAAGGGGGAGGCCUUGGGAACCGCCGAAGUACUGGGAUAUAUCUGUGGGAAAUGUGGCAAAUGCUUCUCCGUGACCAGCGACCUUAUUGCCCACAACUGCUCACUCAACUGGAACGAGGAUACCGCCGUCAGCCAAAAACAGCCCGAGGUCAAAAACUUCAACUGUCGAUUCUGUGGCAAGUUCUGCAGCACUAAAUAUGCUCUGCAGAUCCACGAGUUUGUGCACACCGGGGAAAAACCCUACCAGUGCACAGAGUGCGGGAAAUGCUUUGCUCAGCGGAGCAACCUCAACAGCCACAGGAAAACGCACACGGGGGUGAAACCGUUCAAGUGCGGCGAAUGCGGAAGGCGCUUCUUGAAGAAGAGCAACCUGCAGUCUCACCAGAAGCUUCACGGGGAGAACCCAUUCAGCUGUCCGGAGUGCGGAGAAGGGUUUUCUACAAAGAGCAGCCUCAAAAAGCACAAACAGACUCAUGCAGAAAGCACUUAGGUACUGGGAAAGUUUGGGUGUGAUGAGCGACAGUCGCAGUCACCAAGGGGUCCGAAGAAAGGCGUUAUUUAUAAUACUGAGCAAUACUGACGGACAUUACAGGACCAGUAACAACAAGAAUGAAUUGUUUUUAUUUACUCUGACAUGCUGGGUAUUUCUAUCCUGUACAGGUAAAAAGCUUUUCUGUCAAGCCCUGUAUUGCACUGCAGUGUUUUAUCAGCUAUGCGGUGUUCAGCCAUCUUUGUUGUCAAAGCCCCGCCCAGCCUGUUCAGCGGAGCCUAAGGGCUAUGAUACAUUGUUUGGAUGAUACAUUGCUUGUGAGGAGAAUAGCAAUUGUACAAGAUCAGCAAGUUACCUCUCGUGGCUUCCCACAGGAGAACAUGGCAGGCAAUGGUGGUGGCGGAGAGGCAAGGAAUUAAAACAAAAAAUAAUCAUGCUUUUUGGAAAUGGUGCCAAAUGUACAAAGUGCCGAUUAGGUGAAAAUACUUUUAGGGCCCUUUUGUUUCCUGAUAGUUACUGGGCCUUUAGGCUUACUGGGCAGCAGGACAUUGUUGGUGUAGGAAAUGGAUCCAGAGAUUGGAGUUUGGUUCCUACCAGGGUCGGACUGGGGUGUGCAAGUCACACUGGGGCCCACUCUCCCUCUGGGGCCUCGCCACCUGCCCCUCCCCCCACAAGUGCACUUUAUACCUAUUUUUGCCACAAUCAGGGGAGGAGCUCAGUGGGGGAGCAAUGGGCAGGGCAGGCUGGGAUUGGGUCUGGGACAGGGGGAUUUUUCCCAGUGUCCCUUCGGCCCAGUCUGACCCUGCUCCCUACAUUUCCUGCUACAGGCUGUCCAGUGACCAGGGACCUUCCAGCCGAGACUCUUCAGCUGCUACAUUCUACAGCUCCCACUUCCAUUGAGAACUAUUGUUUUUCAGGCAUUAUCCAUUAUACCUUUUUCCUUUCUAUAGCACAGAGCGUUAACACUUUUUUCCAGGUGCUGUGUUUUUUUUUUUAUUUCCAACGGUAAAGCAGUAACUCGUAGCAACCAUCAGAUUUGCCCAGUAUUUCUAAAUGACCCUACCUGUAUUGCUCUGUGCACUUACGCAGCUUACAGCAAUAACACAACAAACACAACACUUGGAAUUAGUAUAGUGUACCCCUAUGUAUAAACUAUUUCCCAGUGAACUAGCAUCUCGUGGGCAAAUUGUUUUGAAUAACAGUGCCUUCUUGUCUAUGUGAAUCAGUUCGAUUUGGAUGAAUCUCUGAAAUGUGGGGAUAUCAGGGAUUUUCUCAGCACAUUUUAGGAGUCCAGUUGGCGGGCCCUGAAUAUGGGGUUCUCUGGUUGGCCCCUUGGUGCCCCGGUCCGACACUGAAUCAUGCCCAGUAAGCCUGGCACACCCUGCCAGUUUAUGGAUGCCAAAACUGCAUCUGUAUUAGGAAUUAGUGGCAGCUCCUUCCCCUUUCCCCAUGCUGAAUCUGCACCCUAUUUUAUUUAUAUUAUCCAAAGGGGGCUCUGUACAAAUCAAGGCUUUUUAGUGCUACAGGACUGGGAAUGCAGGAUUCAAAUAUUCCUUAAUGCAGAACAGAGAAUUCUGUGUGCUCCCCCUUGCUUCUGCGCCACAUAAUCGCCCUACUCUCCAUGUACCUGAUGCACAGACUGAUUAUCUGAUACUGUGUCGCAACCUACACUUAUUGCAAAUAAACACACUGCUCUUCUAUUUUAAUCAGGAACAGCAA